AUGACAGAUCAACCUGCGACGAAGAAAGUGAAACAUGAGAGAUUACAAUGUGAAUAUUUUGUCACCAAAAAAAAUAGAAGAUGUGGUAUGACAAGAUCAAAAGAGGCAAAAUAUUGUAGUGAACAUAUUAAUUUAUUGAAAAAGCAAGAAGGCCAUAAUUUACACAACAAACCUGAUGAUGAAAGAAUUCCUUGUCCCUACGAUCCAAAUCAUACCGUUUGGAAAUAUAAAUUGAAGAAACAUUUACCUAAAUGUAAUAAAUUUAAACUAGAUCAUGUUAAUGACAAUAAAUCAUUCUUUGUAGAAAAUUUAAACACUGUGAAUGUUCCAAUGAAGGCUCCAAUUGAUUUUAAUCAAUCACUCAGUAAUACCAUUGAGUUAAUCAAAAAAAUUCAAUUAAAUUAUGAUAUACAAUUUUCACAAUUGUCGAAUGAAACCAUGUCAAAUACAAGAUUGAUGGAAUUGACAAAUCAAAAGCAUGCUAUACAACAAUCUUCUCUGAUAGAAAAUUUAUUGACUGAAAAUAAAUCAAUACUUGAAAAUACUAAAACGUUAAGUAUUGCAGAAUUCGGUUGUGGUAAAGCUGAAUUCUCGAGAUAUUUAAAUCAAGUUAUCCUCGCUAAAAAUAAUACAAACCCACUAAAUUUUGUUUUCAUAGAUAGAGGAUCCAACAGAUUGAAAUUUGACACAAAGAUUAAAUUGGACACUUUACAAUUAACCAAGUCUCAGCCAAUCAUUAAGAGAUUGAAGAUUGAUAUCAAAGAUUUGAAAAUUGACGAGAUCCUAGAUGUUUCACAUAAUCAUGCCAUCAUUUCUAAACAUUUAUGUGGUGUAGCCACGGAUUUGACAUUAAAAUGUAUUUUCAAUAAUCCAAUCUUGAAAAAAUCAAUCAAUGCAAUCUGCAUAGCCAUGUGUUGUAGGCAUGUCUGCAAUGCGCAUGAUUAUAUCAAUCCCUCCUACAUCAAAGAUUUAAUGUCGUCACAUGAAACCGGAUUAUCUUAUGAAGAAUUUUUCUAUUGUCUAACCAAAAUGUGUUCUUGGGCCACCAGUGGGAGAAGCCCAGGUGCUGAGGAUGAUGAUAUUAUCAAAAUGGCCGAUGAUACAAUAAAUAUAACUGUUGCUGAAAGGGAGGAAUUGGGUUUGAAGGCAAGAAAAAUUGUAGAUUUAGGUAGGUUGAAAUGGGUUCAACAGAAUUUACAUCAAAAUGCUAAAUUAAUAAACUACGUUACAAAGGAUGUGUCAAUGGAGAAUGUGGCUCUAAUAACGCAGGACUCUUGA